UCAACGGCGCUGUUCCGCAUCUUACAAUCUAUAUCACUGAUAAAACGUACCCUGCUGCUGUUCUGACACGCUAUAAAGUAUACUUUUCAACCAGCCAGACGCGUUAGUUUCCCUCUGGAGACCCGUCAGUGAAGUAGUGCACAGUUUAACAUAGUAUUAUCGUAAGCCUAACCCUAUAGAUAUGGCUAAAGUCGACCGGGUGUUUAUAUGUGUGGCCUUGUCGUUGUUCGUGUUCCCGCUAGCUUCUAGCUACAGAAUAUUGGGCAUCAAUACCAGCCCUAGCCGAUCGCAUGUGAUUGUGCAGGAUGCUCUUAUGAAAGAGUUGGCACGCCGGGGCCAUCACGUCACGAUGGUGAGUCCUUACCCCGAGCCGGAACGGAUACCGAACUAUCGAAAAAUUACGAUCCCCAUCGAUCCAUGGGCAACAGAUUUCACGAAAAUCAUCUUCGAAAACACCAACUCCCGAUGGUUGAUGAUGCAGAUGAUGCCAUACAUGCUGCGUGCCAGUGCCGUUCCGGUUAAUAAAACGCUACGCUCGCCAGAGGUUCAGAGUGUGCUAAAAGAACCGGAGGGAUUCGAUCUGCUCAUUACCGGGAUCAUGACAGAUGCUGCAUUCGGUGUGAGUCACCAGCUUGGCUGUCCGACGGUAGUGGUAUGCCCGAAUGCAGCGAUGGCGGUCGUGAACGAUUUAGUGGGCAAUCCAACACCGAUCUCCACCAUUCCCAACAUGAUGCUGGGUUUGACGCAUCCAAUGUCGUUCCGAGAUCGGCUGGCAAACCUUGGUGGAUUCUUUUUUGAUGAGAUUUUUUCGUUCGUGUGGAAGUACUAUCAGCGGCAAACCUACGAAGAGCAUUUCCCACCGGGACAGUACCCAUCGUACGAAGCUGUUCGGAAGAAUGUUUCCCUCGUGUUCUUGAAUCACCACUUCACCAAAGGUUCUCCACGACCGUACGUACCAGCGAUGAUUGAGGUUGGUGGAUUGCAGAUCAAAGACAAACCUUCACCCCUGCCCGAAGACGUGCGCCAGUGGAUAGAAGGCGCGGAGGAGGGAGUUAUCUUUUUCAGCCUCGGCACCAAUCUGUUCAGCUCUUCCAUGCCGCCGGAGAUGCUGAGUGCAAUACUGCAAACAUUCCGCACGCUGAAGCAACGCAUCAUCUGGAAAUGGGACACACAGGACAUGCCGAACAAACCGGCCAACGUGAUGCUGAAGGAUUGGCUACCGCAGGACGACAUUCUCGCCCAUCCGAACGUGCGGCUGUUUAUCAUGCACGGUGGAUUGGGCGGCAUUGCGGAGGCACUGUUCCACGGGGUACCGCUCGUCGGCAUACCGAUGUUCGGCGAUCAGCCCGUCAAUCUGGCCAAGGUUGAAAAGGAAGGCUGGGCAUACGUUCUGAAGCACACCGAGGUCACGGUGGAGACGUUCUCGAAGGCGGUUAAUGAAGUGCUGCACAAUCCACGCUAUCGGGACAGUGUGCAGCGAUUGUCCGAGCUGUUUCGGGAUCGACCCCAAAGUGCCAUGGAUACGGCCGUGUACUGGACUGAGUAUGUCAUACGGCACAAGGGAGCGCCUCAUCUACGAUAUCCGGGAGCGGAUAUGAACUUUUUCAAGCGCCAUUCGUUGGACGUGUUGGCGUUGUUGGGACUAGUGGCAAUUGUGAUCUUCAAGGUAUUCCAGUUUGGUUUUAGGCUGUGUUGCAGAAGAAAAGUGAUCAAAUUGAAGCGGCAAUAGAAUCAGAGGAGUGUUUGUUUGCAAUAAGAAAGCCCAAAUAAGUAUUUUACCUUACGCAAGAUGCCGAGCAGUAAUAGGAUAUUUCUUAAAAUAGACACCCACGCUAUUAGCAACCUGCGUGUUUAGUAGCUCUCAGCAAUAUCUAAGCAAAUGUGCCAAACGCAAACGUGAGCAAAUUGAUAUUCAUUCCCAUUAGGAUUUAUUAACAGCGGCGCACAGAACCAUCAAUCGUGAAACGAAAACUUAAUUCGGUAUAUGACAAAACGCCUGCAGCGCGGUGUCUGAUUUCAGACGGCUUGAUUUAACAUUCACAGCCAGUAGAAACCGGAGAACGUGCCAUUACCGCAUGUUGGUGCUAUUCUCCUUUUCCAGUCCGAGUGAAAUCUCCUGAUCCGGGAGACAGUCAAACAAAAAAAUUAAAAAAAACACAUAUCGGAAAGAUAUAAGGAGCCAAAGUAUUAAGCUGAUCAGAAACGCUUAAAAAAUAGGUUCACCUGUUCACAAAAACCGGUUGCCGGUCGCGCAGAUAUUAGAAAUCUGUCGUCAGAAAUUGCCCAAGCGUGGAAUGGAUCUACGAAUUGGAUCUAGGAAUUGUUCUUUACAAGGGGUAAAACAGAGAUGUCAAACCAAAAGUCGGACAUAUUUCACAAUAUUAAAUGGUAGUUAAUGAAAUUUCUUUCAGCGUUGAAAUGAAUUACUUAUUUGAAGAGUCUUCACGCCUUGAUUUGCAUAAUCGUGCCUCAAACAGCUUUGACACCUCCGAUGUAUAGAAACUACUUGCGAAAAUAAACUUCUAAACAAAACUCCACAAUCGUAAGCUGCCAUCAGUUUUCAAGUUAAAUGAAAUAAGUCACCAAUCACGCUCCAACAAGCUUUGCAGCCCGUUUGAUCUAUCGAACCCAUUCAUUUGUCAUGUAUCUUGCGAGUUGUUGAGUUAUUAGUUGAAGAGUUAUUAAGCGGAUGGCGUCGCCAGAGCUCAGAAUGUGUCUGUGUGUGUGUGUGUGUCACGAUGUGUGCCGGAAAGCGUGGGUUUCAUGUUAGCAUGCACAAUCAGCAGGGUAGUCAACCGAUAUGAGCGUUGAUGUAUAAAGAGAAAAAAAAAGUUUGCGACACACGAUUGAACUGUUGAUUUGAGAUUGACGUGACACAGGCUAGCCGGUUUUGGUGUGUAAUGUAAUCAAUACAAAAAAGAAAAGAAACUCAAACACUUCUAACUAAAUCCUUCUGGAGAGUAGCUGAAAACCGGUACCCAUAGAAUCAUGGCACAAUAGAGAAAACAGCACCGAAUCGAUUGGCACACUGAGACAGGUGAAUGGACUGGCGGCUUUUUUGGUGUGCGGUAAAGCAACUAGUCUGUACCGUGUGUUCGGGCUUUCGAGCUCAACUGUAAGUAGUGGCGGAGAACUGAUAAAUAAACAAUGUCAACGACCGGCUAAUGUCAA